AUGACCUGCUCUGUUCUUUCCUGUCGUAUUUACAUUUGCAUGACAGCAAACACGAAGCUCAAGGUACCUCAACGAUUUCAAGUGAGGAAUCCCACCCCCGAUCCCUCGGGCAGCCCCAGCACGCAAUUCCCACAUUGCUUCCCUCGUAAUUUUCAAAUUGUGGCAAACUUCCGUUUCACUGGUUUCCUCAAUCCCAAAUCCUUGGUACCGCCGCUGCCAAAGGGGCAGACCACCGCCACGGGCGGUAGCUACACUGCAAUCCCUGGGCACGAAGCUCCGAGGGGUAGCGGCGCGUCGGUGCGCACGCGCGCGGAGGCGGCCGGGCGGUCGCGCGGGGCCAUGGAGUGGGAGCGGAGGCUGCGGGGCCGCCUGGCCGCGCGCCGCGCGCCCAAAAAGAGUGAACAAGAACUAAAAGAUGAAGAAAUGGAAUUGUUCACAAAGUAUUACAUGGAAUGGAAAGGAGGAAAAACAAGUGGCAAUACAUCAUAUACAAACAUCCCACGAUUUUACUACAGGCUGCCAGCUGAAGAUGAAGUCUUGCUUCAGAAAUUAAGAGAAGAAUCUAGGGCUGUCUUUCUGCAAAGGAAGAGUAGAGAGCUGUUGGAUAAUGAAGAGCUGCAGAACCUAUGGUUUCUACUGGACAAACAUCAGACAUCACCAAUGAUUGGGGAAGAAGCAAUGAUCAAUUAUGAGAACUUCCUGAAAGUUGGUGAAAAAGCUGGACCAAAAUGCAAGCAGUUUUUCACAGCGAAGAUCUUUGCUAAAUUACUUCAUAAUGAUCCUUAUGGGAGGAUAUCUAUCAUGCAGUUUUUCAAUUAUGUCAUGCGAAAAGUAUGGCUUCAUCAGACAAGAAUAGGUCUCAGUUUAUAUGAUGUGGCAGGACAAGGCUACCUCAGAGAAUCAGAUUUAGAAAACUAUAUUUUGGAGCUAAUCCCUACUUUGCCACAACUGGAUGGCUUAGAAAAAUCUUUUUACUCCUUCUAUGUCUGCACAGCGGUUAGAAAGUUCUUCUUCUUUCUGGAUCCUCUCAGAACAGGGAAGAUAAAGAUACAGGAUAUUUUAGCUUGCAGCUUCCUGGAUGAUUUACUGGAGUUAAGGGAUGAAGAACUCUCUAAAGAAAGUCAGGAAACAAACUGGUUUUCUGCUCCUUCUGCAUUAAGAGUUUAUGGUCAGUACUUAAACCUUGAUAAAGAUCACAAUGGCAUGCUCAGCAAAGAAGAACUGUCCCGAUAUGGAACAGGGACUCUGACCAACAUAUUUUUGGAUCGUGUCUUUCAGGAAUGCUUAACUUAUGAUGGUGAAAUGGACUAUAAAACCUACCUGGACUUUGUGCUUGCAUUAGAAAACAGAAAGGAGCCUGCAGCUCUGCAAUAUGUUUUCAAACUGCUUGAUAUAGAGAACAAAGGACACCUGAAUGUCUUUUCCCUUAACUAUUUCUUUAGGGCUAUUCAGGAACAAAUGAAAAUUCAUGGACAAGAACCAGUUUCUUUUCAGGAUGUCAAGGAUGAAAUCUUUGAUAUGGUGAAGCCUAAGGACCCUUACAAAAUCUCCCUUCAAGACUUGAUCAAUAGCAGUCAAGGAGACACUGUUACCAGCAUUCUAAUUGACCUGAAUGGGUUCUGGACAUACGAGAACAGAGAGGUCCUUGUGGCAAGUGAUAAUGACAACACUGCUGAUGUUGAUGAUGCGUGACUUCGAACUGGAGCAGACUGUAUCCAUAGAGAUAUCUUAAUCUAAUGCCCCAACUGUUGGGAGCUGGAAACAUUCAUUACUUGAAUCAAUUCCUCUUCCAUUUCACUUCCCUCCCCUUCCCACCUUGCCCCCACGUAUGAUGUAAAAUGCGGUACGCGCAGGAAUCACAGAAAUAAUUUCUGAAACCAGAAAAAGCAAGUGUUAAGAGGCAAAAAUUAUCUUUUUUUUUAAAUAAAUAUUUUUUGACUUUU